AUGGCGAAUGGUCUAGAUGGAGUUCAUGACCAGACAUGCGAUCAAGGCACCCAGCGAAGAUCAAGAUUAUGUAGUAAUCCCCCACCAAGCGGAGGAGGUCGUAAUUGCACAGGAACAUAUAUUGGAACACAAACCUGCCUUCUCAGGAAUUGUCUAAUUAAUGGUGGUUGGGGCCAAUGGUUUGACUGGUCUAUUGGUUGUGGAAGUCAAACGAGGACAAGGGCAUGCGAUAAUCCAACUCCUGAUUUUGGAGGUCAGAACUGUACUGGGAACACGAUCAACAUUAUAAAUAGCACAUACAAUGUGUGCACAUCGUAUUCCGAUUGCUCUGAGAUACACAAAGCUCACCCAGACCUUCCUUUUUCAAUCUAUCUCAUCACAACCUGGAACACAAGUAAUCAAGCAAAGGUGGUCUGUGAUAUGGAUACGGACGGAGGGGGAUGGACGGUUUUUCAGCAUCGUUUUAACGGAAGUGUCGACUUCUACCGUAACUUCUCCUCCUACGAGGAUGGGUUUGGUUUCUGUGAUGGGGAGUUCUGGCUUGGGUUGUCCCCGAUGCAUGAGAUGAUGUCACAGACCACAAACGAGUUACGAAUCGACAUAGAGAGAGCUAAUGGAACCCUCGCAUAUGUAGUUUAUCCAGAAUUCAUGAUAGAUGCCUCCCCGACAUUUUCGUCUACGGAGGCUGAUUAUCUCACGGGCACAGCCUACGGAGGUGCUGUAAAUAUGUCGUUCUCGACCUUUGAUAGGGACAAUGACCUAUAUGGCGGUAACUGUGCGUCCACAUACCACGGAGCGUGGUGGUACAAUAAGUGCUACACUUACGCGAACUUGAACGGAGAUUAUCUGACACCUGGAAAUAGUUCAAACCGUGCAAAGACCUUUGACAGUCAUGAAUCUUUAGAAACCAGUAGGAUGAUGUUUAGAACCGUGUGA